CGGGGUCAGAGGUCGAGAGACGCCGGUGUGUCAGUGGAGAGGACACCCGUGGAAAAAUUUAACUUAUUAUUUAAUUACAUGCUAUAUUGAUCAUAUUUCUCCAUUCUGCGCAUGCGUAAAGCCUCAGGUCACCUCACGUUCGGCGGGAAAACGUUUGUUCAAGGCUGACGCCAGCUGAAGCCUGAUGCGCCCAGAACAGCCCCUGACGUGCUGCGCCCCCUGGAGGCAGUGUCCAGACUCACGUCCCGGGGGUACAGUGCACACCUGUGGGCGGCGGGCAGACUCGCGCCUUGAGGGUCCGCCGCACACCCGUUUAAUACAGAACAUUAUGAGGGGACUUUUCCACAGCGACAGGCCGGUUCCCUUCUGCCUCCCCCUCCCCAGGGUCCACGCAGCUGAUGGAGAGUCUGCCCAGAUGCCCUCCCCUAGCUCCGCCUCUGCACCCGGGACCCUGCCAGCUGUCAUGGGGAGGCCAGAGUUCCCGGACUCUGGAUGGGACCGCAUCAAGGACCUUUUUGAAAGACAUCCCACACAGAAGUAUCCAGAGGAGGUCACCAAUGUGCUUAAGAGUGGUGCGGUCGCGGCAGUUGCUGGUCUGUUCUACGGCGGUCUGCCUGCAGCCCGAGAAGCCAGAGAGCGCUACAUCCAAAUGAGCCAAGCUGAGAUGUACACGGGCCGAGUGGACGCUGUGCGCUCGGCUCAUAACGCCGCCAUCCGAGGCUUUGUGAGGUACGGCUGGAGGUGGAGCUGGAGAGUCGCUGCUUUUGUGACUCUGUUUAACACUGUGAGCACGGGGCUGUCUGUGUACAGAAACAAGUCCACACUGAACCACUACACAGCAGGUGGAGCUGUGACUGGAGGCCUGUUCAGACUGAACCUGGGGCUGAGGGGGCUGGUGGCAGGAUCCAUCAUUGGCGCUGUCCUGGGGAUGCCUGCUGGUUUGAUGAUCCUCAGUGUGCAGUCUCUGUCCGGGGAAACCGCUCGUGAACGACGACAAAGAGAACGCAGAGAACUGUACGAGCUCAAACUACAAGAAUGGGAGGCUCGGCUGCGGUUAACUGAUGAUCUGAUUGGAGAUCUUAAUGUGAGCUCAAAUGUGGAUGAAAGCACCAAAGACCUGCAGAGGAUCGAGGAGCUGCUGAAUUCACCAAAUCAAACCACAUCCAAAGACUCAACCAGUUUAUUAGAAACUCAGACUCCGCCCAGCUGAGAGGAACCACAGGGGUCAAACACUGGACAGUGGAACAAAGACCUUAAAGGUGUGAGUGCACACCCUGUGGACGCAACAGGAAUGUCAUCAGUGCAAAAGACUUUUACCUCCAAAAAAACGUGUUAUUGUCACAAAGUACGUCUGUUUUGGACGAUGAACUCUUGAAGUAUCUCUGGAUAUUUUAAAUUGUGAAAUCCAACAGUUGCUUUAGUUGAAUAAACUAAACUUUGACGUUG